AUGUCUUCACUGACAGAAAAGGACAGACCAAUUGUGCAGCUAUUACUCAACACUGGCACUUGCCCACGAUGUGUUUUGAGGUUCUGCUGUGUGGGAUCACAGGUGCUCUACAGACAUCCAUACAAGGAUUUGAUGAAGGAUUUACAAGAAUUUCUGAAAGCCAAUCAAGGAACAGAAGACACAGCUUCUUUGGAUGUAGCUGACCCACCCUGUAAGAGAAUCAGACUUGAACACCCUGAGGAAGGUUCUGAUGAUCUGAACCACAACGGAGCACUCCCACAGAUUCCUUCAGUUCAUGAUGGGAGUGCUGCAAUGGAGAGCUCAGCUGUGAAGGUGUGCAAUGUGUGUUUGGGAAUUCUUCAGGAGUUCUGUGAGGCUGACUUUGUUAAAAAGGUGUGCCAGAAGGUUAAUUCUGCUGACUACCAGUUCACUAGCUUUGUAUUUUCUGUGUCACUACCCCCACAGCUGUCUGUUAGGGAGCAUGCUGCUCGGCUGGUGGUGAAACAGGAGAUGAGAAAUCUGGGCCUUCCCUUGGCAAAGGAUGAUAUUGUUCAGCUGAAAGAAGCUUAUAAAUGGAUUAUUCAUCCCCAGUUGUCAGAAGAGUUGGGUGUUCCUAGUUUGUUUGAAGUUAGUGUGGUCUUUGCUCACCCAGAAAGCGACGAGGAGUGCCAUUUCCUAGCCACAGCCUGUCCAGACUGUUUCAAACCAGCCAAGAAUAAACAGUCUGUUUUCACCAGAAUGGCAGUUAUAAAAGCCCUAGAGAAGAUAAAAGAAGAGGAUUUUCUCAAGCAUUUUCCAUGUCCCCCAAGUUCACCAAAGAACCUCUGUGUUGCUCUGGAAAUUCAGUGCAAUAAUGGUGCAGUUUUUGUGGCUGGAAGAUACAACAAAUAUUCAAGGAAUUUACCUCAGACUCCCUGGAUUAUUGAUGGGGAGAGGAAGCUGGAAUCUUCAGUGGAAGAACUCAUUUCGGAGCAUCUAAUGGCAGAAUUCAAAGCAGACAGCUUUAAUUUUUCUUCUUCUGGAAGAGAAGAUGUGGAUGUAAGGACACUAGGCAAUGGAAGGCCCUUUGCAAUUGAGCUUGUGAAUCCUCGCAGAAUCCAUUUUACUGCUGAGGAGAUGAAGAAGCUUCAGCAGGCAAUUAAUAACUCUUCAGACAAAAUACAGGUUCGAGAUUUACAGCUUGUCACCAGAGAGGCAAUUGGUCGGAUGAAGGAAGGUGAAGAGGAGAAGACAAAGACCUAUAGUGCCUUAAUAUGGACAGACAAAGCGAUACAGAAAGAAGACAUUGCAUUUCUAGAUGAUAUCAAGGAAUUAAAGCUGGAGCAGAAGACCCCUCUGCGGGUUCUCCACAGGAGGCCUCUGGCUGUGCGGUGUCGCCUCAUCCACACCAUGACAGCCGAGUACAUCGAUGAGCAUCACUUCCGCCUGCGCCUCAGGACUCAGGCAGGGACCUACAUUAAGGAAUUUGUGCAUGGAGACUUUGGAAGAACAAAGCCCAAUAUUGGGUCCCUUCUGAACAGAACUGCUGACAUUCUGGAGUUGGAUGUAGAGUCUGUUGAUGCUGACUGGCCUCCAACCCUGG